AUGGCCCGAGCCUGCGGUGUUUGUCGGCUUCUGGGCAAACAGUUCUUGCAGGCCUUCAGAACGACGCGGAGGGAGAUCUGGCAGAGCGCAAGGCCCCAGGCAUCGGCCAACGCACUGCAAGCGGCGAGCCUUCCAGAGCAGAAGGAGCUUCAGCCGGAAGUCUUGUCCAGCUUGGCGCUGCAGCGCCUCCGAGAGCUCCCUGCGCAAGAGCCGGCCAACGGACUUCGAGGGCUCGCUGCCGCGCUGCUCUCUUUCAAGGCCGACGUCUUGGCCCAUGUGGCGGAAGCUUUGAGACCGAGGCUCAAGCCCAAGCUGCCUUUGGCUCUUCGCCCGGCGGAACUGUCCAGUACGCUGCGGGCUUGCACUGUACCAGAGGUCGGCGGCUGGUGGCUCCAAGCGGACUUCGCCUCGGUCCUCCGCCAGGUGCUUUGCGGCGGCUCCAGCGGCUCCGGCUCUUUCUCUUCUUCGGGAGCGCAGGGUGUGUCGAACGGAGUGCAAAGCUCGGCCGCCACGCGCUGGCAAGGCAGAGUGACGCUUGCUUCAACAAGAUGCCGCGCACAGCCGCUUCUGCCGGCGCUUUCUCCGCAGGCCGCAGCCAACGCGAGUUGGACGCCUGGGAAGCCGGAAGCCCGAGACCCGGCCUUACUCGACGAGGCCUUGGUCAGGGUGCGGAAGGACGUGGGCUCCCGGUUUCGGGCACAGGAGCUUGCCACCACUGCGUGGUGCCCGGUCAGCCCUUUGCGCCGGGGCGAGGCGUUGCCGGAGUUCCUGGGCCAGGAAGCUGCAGGUCGUUCUCUGGACGUGGCCUCGCGUUCCAUGCUGCUGGAGGCGCUGGCAUCUGCCGGUCGACUGCGCGCCUGCGAGGAUCUCAUGGGCUUCGGCCCGCUGAGUCUUGGGCUUCUUCCAGGUGCCGGAGCAGUGCUGACGCUCCUCGAAACGAGAGAGCGAAGUGAGGCGUCGCGCGACACGUCAGCGUCGUGA